UAGAAAUUCACAAACGAAGAAGAAACAAGAGGGUAGCUUUACACUGAGACAAAGGUAGUGUUGUGGUUCGAUUCAAUUUCUAGGCACAAGUAGAAACUUUGGACAAAAACAUCUUCGCAGAGUACAGUCUGUAUUUGUGUCGUAAUGAUGAAGACAUUCUGUGGACGCGCUAAUCUUGCCACGGGACUGCUGGACUGGGUGGAGGAGAGUGAAGAGUACGACUAUCACCAAGAAAUAGCCAGGUCCUGUUAUGCUGAUAUGCUACAUGAUCAUGACAGGAAUGAAAAGUACUACCGGGGCAUCCGGGCUGCAGUGGCCAGAGUCAAAGCUCGGGGUGAGAAGGUGAUCGUCCUGGACAUCGGUACAGGAACAGGGCUGCUCUCUAUGAUGGCUCUCAGUGCAGGUGCUGACUUCUGCUAUGCUGUAGAGGUAUUCAAGCCUAUGGCCGAUGCUGCACAAUGCAUUGUAGAGAAGAAUGGCUUUGCCAGCAAGAUUAAGAUUAUUAACAAACACUCCACUGACGUGACUGUUGGCCCUGGUGGGGAUAUGGAAAUGAAGGCCAACAUCCUAAUCACAGAACUGUUUGACACAGAACUGAUUGGGGAAGGAGCCCUGCCCAGCUAUGAGCAUGCUCAUCAAAAUUUGGUCCAGGUGGGGUGUGAGGCAGUUCCUCACCGGGCCACAGUCUACGCCCAGGUAGUUGAGUCAGAACUGUUGUGGAACUGGACUCGGCUCCAGCCAGUGAUGGAGGAGGAGGUCCAGCUGGUACCGCCGCCAUCUAUUGGCUGCUGCACUGGAGCUCAUACAGUCUGCGACAUUCAACUGAGCCAGGUGUCCCCUUGUAGCUUCACCCCAUUAGGACCUCUGCUCACCAUGUUCAGUGUGGAUUUCAGCAAACCAGUCAGCAGUGCCUUUCAGUCCCACUCCUCCCAGUUUGUGGCCCAGUCCACUGGCCGGGCCCAGGUAGUGCUCUCAUGGUGGGACCUUGACAUGGACCCAAGUGGAACCAUCGUCUGCACUAUGGCUCCCAGCUGGACCUACUCUCAUUCCAGGACGGCACCGUGGCGUGACCACUGGAUGCAGAGCAUCUACUUCCUGCCUGUGGAGAGGAGGGUGACUGAAGGGGAGGAGCUGAGUCUGACUGUGUGCCACGACGACUACAGCCUGUGGUUCAGCCUGCAGACGCCCACCCCACAGCACACACAGAUCGAGGUUCCGUCUCGGCCCUGUUGCACCUGCCAGGCCCACUUGGUUUGGACUCAUCCACGUUUUGGUGAACUCAAUGAUAGACUGUGUACAAGGAGCUACAUCAGUGCUCUACGCAGUGUUCUGAGAGACGACAGCGUAUGUCUCGGGGUUAGUGAUGGAAGUCUGCUUCCGGUGUUUGCUUCUCUUCUCGGUGCCAAGAAGGUCUUCAGUUUGGAGAACUCCAGGAUGUCCAAACAGCUUAUUCAGCAGGUGUUGAAAGCGAAUUCAUUGGAAGGACGUGUGGAGCUACUGGAGAUCAGACCCGAGCAGCUGAGAAGCAGUGAUUUAGGAGAACCGAUCUCCGUUCUGAUGGGUGAACCGUACUUCACUACCAGCCUCUUGCCUUGGCACUCGCUCUUCUUCUGGUACUGUCGGACUGCUCUGGCAGGCCUCCUGCGGCCUAACGCAACCGUCCUACCUUGUUCCGCCACGCUUCACAUGGUGGCUGUGGAGUUCCAGGAUUUGUGGCGAAUAAGAGCACUGUGUGGAACAUGUGAGGGCUUUGACAUCACGGCCAUGGAUGAGAUGGUUCAGCGAUCUCUGGAUUUUCGUGAGUCCCGCGAGGCGGAGCCCCACCCUCUCUGGGAGUACCCGUGCCGUGCUCUGACUCGGUCCACAUCCAUUAUGACCUUUGAUUUCACGCAGUGCGUCCCGCAGCAGCCAAUCGUCAGUAUGGGUUCACUUCCUUUCACAAGAGAUGGACUUUGUCACGGUGUUGCUAUGUGGAUGGAAUACAACCUAACUGAGGAUGUCUCUAUCGGCACAGGACUGAUUGGACCAAUCAGUGAACAGGGUGACUGUACGUGGAGUCGCCACAGGAAACAAGGGGUGUAUUUCUUCAAGUCACCGUGGAGCAGCCCCGGUGACGGCAACGCCGCCGUGUCCUACAGCUUCACCUUUGAACCCAGUUUAGGUGACAUUAAGAUGGAGUUCAGUGUUGAUCUGCUGUGACAGUCACAGAGUAAAGGUGGGCAGAUCAGAAACACUGAUUUUUGUUCUAAACUCAUGUCUCCAUUUCACUGAAUUUAACAUGCGACUUAACUGAGCAGGAUCGUUUGAAGUUGAGACCAUAACGAGAUCUUGCUGCUGUUUAAUCCGGUGUUGUGCUCAUGUUAAAGCUGUGUAUCUUUGAAGUAAGUCAGUCGUUGUCUGACUUUUUAACACUGCCGGCAAUUCUGCUGUAAAUGUAGCAGAAUGACUCAACACAAUUAUUACAAUAAGAUUUUUAUGAAGUAUGGCUGUUAGGGAUGGGUAUCGAUAAGAUUUUAUCUAUCGAUUCUGCUUAUCGAUCCGACUCCCUUAUUAAUACCUCUUGUGAAUUUUUUGCAUACUAAAAGUAGGUUUUACAGGUUUUCUAUGUCAGCGGGUCAGAGUUUUUUUUUUUUUUAUCGUGCACCCGCUCUGUGGACCGGUCUUCCUGCAACUGUGAGGCAGUCAGUCUGUGGACAUUUUUAAGUCAAGACUUAAAGCCUAUUUUUAUUCUUAUUUAUUUUUAUUUGUUUUAUUAUUUUACUUCUGUUUUUAAUUUAAUUUAAUUUUUUAUGUUGAAC